CUGAAAAUUAUUAACUUUCUUCCAGCGAACUCAACCGCGUCAUGCAUACACCGUCUACAAUCGUCAGGCUCAGCUCAUUUUGUCUAUCACUUGGGUUUGGUCGUUUUCUGUGUACUUUGCCUUGCAGUUACUGCUUUCUCCUACAGUAUUCUUCUCAGAGUUGUCUCUGGCGUUGUGAAAGCUGAAAUGAAACAGACAGCUGAACUGGAAACUCUCAAGGAACGAAUCGAUGACGGUGAACGACGUCUAGAUGACAAGCACGUCUUGAGGCGGCACAAAUACGUCGUCGUCAUUGGCACUGUAAUCGGUGUCUAUUCGGCUUAUCUCACCGCCUAUGCCACCAUACAAGUGCUACAGCUUGUCAAUAUCAGCGAAAAUUCCAGUCGAUUCCGCCGGCGGGAAACGGUUUAUUUGAAGUAUAUUUGCUACUUGUGUAUUUCACUUCAUUCCCUUCUUCAACCACUCUGUUAUCUACGCAUGAGAGAAUUUCGGCAGUCAAUAAGAAGGGCGUUGUGUGGUCGAUCGAAUCACGAGCCAGUCACAAACGAGCACUACUACACGACGAAUUCUGCGAAAGAAACGGUCAUUCCAAAGCAGUUCGUCUGA